UUCAUUAAUAACAUCAAAAGUUUUCUACUAUAAAUUAGUCUAUGGUGUCAAUUCAAUAACUCAAAAACUUUUGUUGUAAACAUUUUUGUGAAUCCAAAGAAGAAAAAAAACCAUGAAGGCCUCAAUUUUCUUCAUCGUUGCAUUGCUUAUUCUCUCAUGUUCAUCAUCAAUGAUAAUGGGAAACUCUCACGAAGACCAUUGCCAUGACUAUCAAGAUUGUGAAAUAUGGUGCAAACAAUAUGUUCCUGAACCUAAAUGUAUUAACCACAUUUGCAAUUGUAGACCUCCACCUUUGACCUCUCGAAGGGCUCUCAAUAUAUUUUGAUUCUUCCAUCUGGAUUAUCAAAUAUGAUGAUGACUUUCUACAUGCAAGCAUCAAAAUAAAUAUUUUUCUAUUGUUUUACUUCAGUAUGUGGUAAUAAAAUAAUAUUUUUAUUUUUUAAUA